AUGAGUUCUUUGGAUUCUGUUAUAUAUAAGAAUGAGUUUAGUAACAGAGCUUGGAUUGUAGCGGCUAGUGUUGGAGUUGUGGAGGCCUUGAAGGACCAGGGCAUCUGCAGAUGGAAUUCAGCUUUCAAAUCAGUUCAACAACAUGUGAAAAGCCAUGUUAGAUCUUUGUCACAGGCAACGAAGCUUUCUUCUUCAACUAUGGUUUCUAGUAGAUUAAAGGAUGAGAAGGGAAAGUUGUCAGAAGGAUCCUUAAGGACAGUAAUGUAUUUAAGCUGCUGGAGUCCCAACUAA